AUGGAACCCAAACUCGAAACUGAGGCAAAUGAAGAGGUACUUAAACAAUUAAAGGAACUAUUUGAUAUGGUUGAUAAAGAUAAUAGUGGUGCGAUUGAUUAUCAUGAGAUGUGCUACUUUUUAAAUGAACUUGGAAUUAAAAGUCCUUCUUUCUUCUCGGUCCUCAUUUGGUACAUAACAGAUAAAAAUGGUGAUGAUUUGUUAUCGUAUGAUGAAUUCAAAGUUCUCGUUUUGAACUUACCAAAAAUUGAGAAAUUACCAGAAUUUGUUGCAACUUUAGCAUUUAUCAAGCUGGACAAAGAUCACUCAAAUUCAUUAGAUCUUGAUGAAAUGACGAAAUUAUUCAAUGAUCUUAACAACCAUAUAUCCAAAGAAGAAAUCAUUAAAAUUUUCAAUCAUUUCGAUAAGGAUCACAGCGGAACAAUUGAUCUAAAGGAAUUCAAGAGAUUCAUUAGAAGAAUUGCUAAAACAUAA